AUGGCAUCAAAAUCAGCAAGUGGUGCUGCGAAACGUAAAUUAAAAAAACAAAAAGAAGAAUCUGUUAAGAGGAUGCCGAAAAUUGAUACAUUUUUUAAACAAAACCAAAAUAAAACAGAAAAAGAGCAAGAUAUUGAUAACUCAGAGUCAACUGCUAUAUCUGGUAUUGAUACUUUCAAUGCUAAAAAUGUUGAACCUAAUAUUUUCAACAGUUUAAUCUGUGAACGUUUUCCUACCGACAAAGUUCAUUUUAAAGAACCGCUAAACCAUCAAGAAAAACGUUUUAUAAUUUCUCAAGGACCUUGUCAGCCUAAGGGUCGGUUUUUCGUUUUCAAUUCUAGAUCGUUUUCAGAAAAAUUUUACUAUUUUACAAAUCAGGCUAAUAUUAUUUUAAAACGUACAUGGCUAUGUUACUCAUUAACUUUAAAUAAAAUAUAUUGUCAAUGUUGUUGGUUGUUUUCUACUCAAGAUAGAACUAGUUCAUCUUGGAUUACGGGAAAUAAUGAUUGGAGACAUCUUACUCAAAAUAUUAAACGCCAUGAUGAUUCAAAUGAUCAUAUUCAAUGUUGUAUUAUAUUCGAGCAAUGGCGCCAAAAUAAAACAAUUUCCGAAGAAAUGGAAUUAUCUAUUCAAAAUGAAUGUAACUUUUGGAGACAAGUAUUAGAUCGGGUUAUCAAUGUCACAUUAACAUUAGCUACAUCCAACUUGUCUUUUAGAGGUCACCGAGAAACCGAAUUUAGUAAAAAUAAAGGCAAUUUUUUAUCAAUAAUUACUCUUAUUUCAAAGUAUGAUCCCAUAUUAGAAAAACUAUUAAGUAUGCCAGCUGGUAAGGGUACAGAAAAUUAUUUAAGUAACACUAUUCAAAAUGAGAUAAUUACUUUACUUGCAAAUACGAUAUUAGAACAAAUUAUUUCAAGUAUUAACCAAUCGCCAUUUUUUUCUGUCAUAAUGGAUACCACUCAAGAUAUAAGUAAGAUUGAUCAACUAAGUCAAGUUAUUCGAUACGUUUCGGUUGUUUUAGACGCUAAUGGGUAUCCUAAAACAUUGCAAAUAAAUGAAUCAUUCAUUGGCUUUGUAGAAAUUUUAGAUCAAUCAGGUGUUGGUUUAGAGGAAUCUAUUAUUAAUUGUAUCACAAAAAAUAAUUUAAAUUUGUCUAAACUUUGUGGUCAAGGGUAUGAUGGGGCUGCCAACAUGAGUGGUGUAUAUUCAGGUGUCCAGGCUAGGUUAAAAUCUAAACAAAAAUUGGCAACAUAUAUCCAUUGUGCUUCUCAUAAUUUGAACUUAGUUUUAAACGAUGCAAUGAAUUCUUCAACGGAAGUAAAAAAUUUCUUUGGACUUGUGGAAAAAAUUUAUACAUUUUUUUCAAAUAGUAUUAAACAUUGGCAAUUACUUUUAUCUUCAGAGUCAUCAGAUAUUUCAUUUACAUUAAAAAGAUUAUGUACCACUCGUUGGUCAUCAAGGUAUGAUUCUUUAUUAGCUAUUCGACAUCGUUAUGUUGAUAUUUUAAAAUGUUUGUCGCAAAUAAUUAUUCGAAGCAAAAAUAAAGAUGAAAUAUUUGAAGCAAAUUAUUUAAAAGUUCAUAUGGAAGAUUUUCAAUUUAUAUUCAGUGUAGUUUUCAUUGGCAAAAUUCUGGAAACUGUAAAUGUUGUAUCAAAAGUUCUUCAGUCUCCUAAACAAGAACUGAGCACAGCAGUUUCCUUGCUUAAUUCUGCGUUGAGAAAUCUUCAAGAAUACAGGUCACAAUACACUGAUUUUUUUGAAAUAGCAGUAGAAAUGGCAAAAAUAUGGGGUGUACCACAAAAAUUUCAAGAAAAAAGAAACCGAAGAGUAAAACGAUUUUAUGACGAAAUCCUCCAAGAUUAUUGCUUUACUUCAGCAGAAGAACAUUUUAAAGUUAAUAUAUUUUAUUUAACAUUAGAUAAUGCAAUAAUGCAACUAAAGGAACGUUUUACCAGUUUAAAUAACGUAUUCAAAAUAUUUGAAGUUAUUCAACCGAAUUCAUUGAUUAAUUUAACAGACGAACAAAUUUAUAACUCCGCUAAUAAAUUGGUAAAAUAUUAUGAUUCUGCUUUAUCUAAUGCUCUUGCUGGUCAAAUUUUAUCGUUCAGAUCUUGUUUUAAAGAAGAAAUUACAAAAAAAACCUCGGUAAAAGAAAUUACCGAAUUACUUGUUAUAGAGAAUCCUACAUUAGCAACAACAUUUUCUGAAAUAUUUACAGCGUGCAUGUUAUUUUUGACACUUACUGUAACAGUUGCUACAGCGGAACGAUCAUUUUCGAAAUUAAAACUUAUCAAAAAUUAUUUACGUAGCACAAUGUGUGAAGAAAGAUUAAGUGGACUUGGAAUUCUGUCUAUCGAAAACGACCGAGCUCGUCAGUUAAANGUCUAUUGA